ACACUCUAAAAAACGUUGGGUUGUUUUUUCAACCCAACUGCUGGGUUGAGCCAGUUGGGUUAUUUUGUUGGGUUGUUUUAUCAGUGUUGGGUAGUUUUUGUGUAACCCAACUUGUUGGGUUAUAUGUUGGGUAAUUUUGAAGCAGAGCCAACUUAAUAGAUACAUAUAGCUGUUUCUCAAUAUUACUUUGUCUAGUCCACAAAAUGUAUUUUAAACAUAAGUUCAGGUGAGAAUAUAUAUGUAUAAUGUUCAAAUUUGCAGUCGGUUUGUAAAGUGAACGCCAAUUUUAAAGUUUAAUUUCAAGAAGUCGGAAUGUUACCGGCCACCGUUUCCGGCCACCGGGUGUCAGUGUUGUUCUUCUCCAGAGAGAAAUCCUCCCUUCCCCCACACAGACGGUCAGCUGAACUGCUUCUCACUGCACGUUACCUGACGCGGGAGUUAUUACCUCAAGAUUCAUGAACGGUUUUUCAUCGACUUAUCUUUGAUUUAUUUUAAGGAAAAGACCCUGAUGAAAAAAAGAUGGAUAUUUUUUCCUGGAGAAGCUAAAACAAUGUCACUUUGAGGUUCUGAUACCAGCUUUUACAAAGUUAUUUACAGAGAUCACAAGACUUCUCUGUGUUAUUUCCUGACCAUGCCGAAACUUGGCCACUGCAUUUUACAGACAAUCCUGCAACUUCCCAGCCAAGAACCAGGAGCAUCAACAAAUCACCUCCAGAACCCCAUGAUGAUAUUCCAACUCCUGUCUACAAAAGUGGGAAGAAAAUCUUAAGUCUAUCCACACCCACAAGUAAAGUGAUUGAGACCUUCAGUGAAGCUCCUCCUACAACAAUCCACCAAUAAAUGCUGGAGUCAAACACACAGAGAAACCACUCCAUGUGUGACAACUGAAAGAGGAGCUUGAGAAGAUGACAGAUCCACAACCAUGCAGAAUUAAGAAUGAAGAUACUGAGGAACAAAAAGACAUGAUGGAAGUGAAAGAGGAGAGUCAAGCUGAAGUGGAUGAGAAACAUCAGAUUGUAAAAAUAAACCAUAAUGUUUCACAGAAAGAAACUCUGAAGAAAGAAGACAUAAAGUGUGAAAAUAGUUUCAGUGAAGAUGAACGCCCUGCAGAUCACAAGAGGACUCACAGUGAGAAGAAACCUUUCACAUGUCAACAGUGUGGAAAGAGUUUUACCUUUAAAUCGAAACUUAGCCAGCACAUGAAAACUCACAGGGGGGAAAAGUCACACGCAUGCCAGCAUUGUGACAAGAGGUUCCCAGAUACAACUCAUCUUAAGAUACACGUAAGAGUUCACACUGGAGAGAAAGCUUACACGUGUCAUCUGUGUGGAAAGCGUUUCAGAGAUAAAAGUGGACUUGAGAUUCACAUGAGGAUUCACACUGGAGAGAAACUGUUCACAUGUCAUGAGUGUAAAAAAAGUUUUAACAUUAAAAGCAACUUUACAAGACACAUGAAAAUUCACAUGGAAGAGAAACCUCACACAUGUAUUUUGUGUGGAAAGAGUUUCAUAGAUAAAAGUGGACUUGAGACUCACACAAGAAUCCACACUGGAGAGAAACCGUUUACAUGCCAUGAGUGUAAAAAAAGUUUCAGAUGUAAAAACAACCUUACAACACACAUGAAAAUUCACAUAAAAGAGAAACCUCACGCUUGUCCUCAGUGUGGAAAAAGUUUCAGAGAUAAAAGUGGACUUGAGAUUCACAUGAAAAGUCACACUGGAGAGAAACCGUUCACAUGUCAUGAGUGUAAAAAAAGUUUUAACUUUAAAAGCAACCUUACAAAACACAUAAAGAUUCACACUGGAGAGAAACCUUACACAUGUCUUCAGUGUGGAAAGAGUUUCAGUAAUAAAAGUGGACUUGAGAUUCACAUGAGAUAUCAUACUGGAGAGAAACCUUAUAUAUGCUCACAGUGUGAAAAGAGUUUUACAAAUGAAGGGACUCUUAAGACACACACAAAAAUUCACACUGGAGAGAAACCGUUCACAUGUCAUGAGUGUAAAAAAAGUUUUAACAUUAAAAGCAACCUUACAAAACACAUGAAGAUUCACACUGGAGAGAAACCUCACGCAUGUCUUCAGUGUGGAAAGAGUUUCAGAGAUAAACGUGGACUUGAGACUCACAUGAGAAGUCACACUGGAGAGAAACCUUACAUAUGUCUUCAGUGUGAAAAGAGUUUUACAAGUGAAGACACUCUUAAGACACACACAAGAAUCCACACUGAAGGAAAAUCGUUUACAUGUCAUGAGUGUAAAAAAAGUUUCAGAUUUAAGCACAACCUUACAGCACACAUGAAAAUUCACACUGGAGAGAAACCUCAUGCAUGUCUUCAGUGUGGAAAGAGUUUCAGUGAUAAACAUGGACUUGAGACUCACACAAGGAUUCACACUGGAGAGAAACCGUUCACAUGUCAUCUGUGUGGAAAGAGUUUCAGAGUUAAAAGCCACCUUACAAAACACAUGAAAAUUCACAUGAAAGAGAAACCUCAGACAAAGACAAAGCCAAUCAUAAAGCAAUGUGAGGCGGGACUCAUUGCAGAAAACGAGAUCUGUUAACCAUUUGUGUACCAUAGACUGCAUUACCUUUACAUAACACGGUGGUAAAAGAUUUGAAUCUCAUUUAAAUGAUUUCUGUGUAAAUAAAUUCUACAAUGACUUUCUUACUUAGUAUUUUUGUCUUGUUUUCAGUAAAAAUAUCUAGAAAUUGUAUAAUUCUUUGUUGAAUUUUAAGAAAAUAAUGCACACCCG